AUGAAAGAUUCGAAUUGCGGCAAGCUUAACUCAUACCGAUGGCUGUACAAUGGAUUCGCUAGAGUCUUGGACCCAAACAUCACAGUGCACCUCGACGUCGGUACUAAGUUAGGCAAGCAGGCGCUUUUCAAGCUCUGGAAGGAAUUUGAUCUUGAACCAAUACUUGCCGCAGCUUGUGGGGAGAUCACCUGUUCUUUGGGCGGAAACUGGCUUAACCUCCUUAAUCCCAUUGUUGCGGCACAGAAGUUUGAGUACAAGGUUGGAUUCCAGUUUGAUCGGACAUUCGAAUCUGCAACAGGGUUUCUGUCACUCCUGCCAGGAGCAUGUUCAGCCUACAGGUACGUUAGGAGUAGCGGCAAGCCACUCGAAGACAUGCUUCUCGGUGAUCCAACAUGGAUCCAAGGCCAUAACCGCGAUGGCCCUGCCCUAUCUCCCGUCAACCUCAAUCGCCACCUCGCUGAUGAUAGGGUCAUUUGCUUCCGGAUCAUCAGCAAGCCAAACACGCAAUGGCUGUUGAAAUAUGUUCCAGUCACUGCUACUACUGACAUUCCCAUGACGACAACAGACUUCAUCAACCAGAGACGGCGAUGGCUCAACGGAGCUUUCUUCUCGACUAUUUAUGUCUUGAAGAGAUGCGGCCACUUGUGGAGGUCUGACCAUACGACUAAACGCAAGGUGGCCUUUUUAAUUCCUCUUCUGCAUAGUGUUCUGGCUUGGUUCUCCUUGGCGGCGUUUCUACUCUCAACAUUUACCAUCAAUAGCAUCUCGGGGGACCCUUAUGCCUGA